AUGAAGAAAACACUCGCUGUCUUUGCCUUCCAGGGCAGCGUCGGUUCCUCUCCGUCUCCAUUUGUCCAGGUGCCAGGUUCACCGGUCAUGUCCGGGUACUACGGCGUCCGAAGAUCUUUCCUGUCCGACUCGGACUUCCACAGCACCAAGCAAUUUGCAAACGAUGCGUGCACCUCCAGCGGGGCCAGGCCCUUUCCCUGCGAGUCCUCAGCCGGGCAGAGCCACCCCGCCCUCCUAGAUCCCUACUUCCCGGAGGCCUAUGGGGACCACCGCCCGCCGGCCCUCACCCCCAGCGCAGGCCCUCUAUUCAGCGCCUCGCCCCUGCCGCCGCUCCUGCCACCGCCCUUCCCCAGCGACCCCGCACACUUCGUGCUGAGAGACUCCUGGGAGCAGACAGUGCCGGAUGGUCUCAGCCAGCUCGACCCUGUGCCCACCGACACCCUGCAGACCUUGCCACCCAGCACGAGUUGCCUCUCCCAGCUGGAGUCGGGGAGCACUGCCCAGCACCGCAGCCCCAGCUGGGGGCCUCCCCUGGCUGGAGCUCAGUCUUACUCGUUGCAUGCACUAGAGGAUCUGUACCACACACCAGGGUACCCCACCCCGUCCCCAUAUCCCUUCGCCCCCUUCAGCACAGUGUCCAACGACCUGCCACCCAAGGCAGUGCCCCUCUCGCCAGACGAGGGGUCAGAUGCCUCUGCCCUUCAGGACCCUUCUUCAUGGACCAAAGAGGACGGGAGCAUGGUGUGGGGGUCAUAUGAGUGCCGCCGAGCUUACUGA